UCAGAGACUAGGAGUGGAACCCCUGCUUUUUUUGUUUUCCAUUUGCUUGGUAGAUCUUCCUCCAUCCCUUUAUUUUGAGCCUAUGACACACAUGUCUUUACACACAUAACCGCAUACACAUAACAGCUAUAUAUACAUCCCACACAGUCACAUGCACACACACGAAAACAUACAUGCACUUAGGCUGUCUCACAUACACAGCUACGUACUUCACACAGGCACACACAUUAUUAUAACAACAUGUUUUCUUUUCUUUACAUCCCUUAUUCGUUCUCUCAGCUAUUUACUGAGUACUUACUGUGUGCUAGCUACUGUUAAAAGUCCUUGAGCUAAAUCAUUGAACAAAAUGGGGAAACAUAUCUGCCCUCAUGAAGCUUAGAUUCUAAUGGAAGGAGAGAGAGGCAAAAAUAGUAAGUAGAUAUGUUAGCAGGUAGUGAGUAUUAGGGAAAAUAGUGCCUAGUAAUGAGGAGGAGGAAGAACUAACUUGGAGGUGGGUUGCCAAUUUGAGAAGGUGAUCAAGGUAAGCUUCAUUGAGAAGUUGACAAAAAUAUUUAGCAAGGAAAUAAAGUAGGAGAGAGAGUUAUCCAUGUAGAUAUCUAUGAAAAAUCAGUCUGAGAAGAGAAAACAGCAAGUGCAGAUACCCUAAGGCAGAGUGUGCCUUCAAGAAACAGGAAGAAAGACCAUGUAGUUGAUGUGCAGUGAAUAAGGCGGUAAAAGAACAGGACAUAAAGCCAGAGAUGAAGAGAGCAUGUGAAAAUCAUACCGGACCUUGAAUAAUGAGGUAAAAACUCUGAAUGUAAUUUUGCAUGAAAUUGAGAUUCACUGGUGGGUUCUGAGGAGAGGUGUGACAUGAUCUGACCUCUGACUUAUCCUUUAUGGUAUAUAAGAUGAACUUAAUUAUUUUACACGCUAUUAUCUGUCUCACUUCCGAACAGGAAUGAAUCUGUCAUGCUCAUCUCUGUCUAUCUGAGAGUAGCACUCAGUCAAUAUUUGUUGACUAACUGAUAAGGACAGAUAUUUCCGAGAAGAAAGGUGUUCUGAGGUGCUCCAGUUUAGAUGUUUACUCCCAAUAAACCUCAUAUUGAAAUUUGAGAUGGAGCCUAACAGGUGUUUGAGUCAUGAAGGAGAAUCCCUCAUGAAUAGAUUAAUGCCCUCCCUCAGGAGUGAGUGAGUCCUAAUCCUAUUAUUCCCCACAAGAGCUGGUUGUUGAAAAGAGCCUGGCAUCUCCCCACUAUCUCUCUUGCUUCCUCUCUCACCAUGUCAUCCAUGCCCACGCCAGCUCCCUUUUACCUUCUACCAUGAAUAGAAGCAUCCCGAGACCCUUGCCAGCUGCAGAUGCCCAAUCUUGAAAUUUCCAGCUAUCAGAAUCAUGGGCCUAAUAAACAUUUCUGAAAUAAAUUACCCAGCCUCAGAUAUUUCUUUAUAGCAACAAAAAAUGGACUACAACAGGAAAUUGUUGCCAGGGAGUAGGGUGUUGCUAUAAAGAUACCUGAAAAUGUGAAAGAAGCUUUGGGACUGGGCAAUGGAAAGAGGUUAGAAGAGUUUGGAGGGCUCAGAAGAAGACAAAGAAUUGAGAGAAAGUUUGAAACUUCUUAGAGAGUGGUUAAACGGUUGUGACCAAAAUGCUGUCAACCUAAAAUAGUCAAAAGACUCAGCAUCUAGUUAAAAGAGCUCAUUGAAGCACAAAGUAUGAGUGCAGCCAUGCAGGGAGCACAGCUACUCCAAAGAAUGGUGAGCAGUUCUCCUGGUGUAGGGGAAAAUGAGGAUUGCUUAUACCGGCAAAAUGAAGUUGAUGAACAAAAUUGCAACAUUUUCCAUAAAAAAAGGCUAACAUAUAGAUAUAAGAUUUCAUUGGCUACUUUUGAUGACACUCUAAGGGCAUAGUUUAACAUUCUAUUAAAAGGAGACAGUCCACAACGGUCUCUAUCUUCAUGUUGUUUAGUUCAGAUUUGAAUAAAGAAGAGUCUAGUUAAUGUAUAACAUCUCAACACAAAGGUCAGAAAGCAAGCGUCAUACACCAGAGUCGGGGGAAGUUGUGUUACCUCAGUCAGCUUUCAGGGCUUAGGUUUUCCCUUUUGCAUGAUAAAUUUGGAAGGUCCUAAAUUUAAAUUUUUUACAAUGCUGAUAGAAAUAUGGACAGUACAGGCCAUGCUGAAAAGUCUCAGAUAGAAAUGAGAAACGUAUUGGGCGCUGGGGCAAAAUUGACCCAUGUUACUCUGUAGCAAAGAACUCGGGUGUACUGUGUCCAUGCCCUAAGGCUUUGUGGAAGGCUGAACCAAGAGUGAUGACCUACGGUGUCAGGUGCAAGAGAUAUCUAAGCAGCAAAGUGUUCAAGAAGUGGUGUGGUUACUUUUAAUAGCUUAUGCUAAAUCGUGACAGCAAAGGAAUGACCUAAAGACUGUGUUUAUAAUUAAAGGGGAAGAAUAGCAUUAAAUUUGGAAAAUUCUCAGCCUGGACAUAUGGUAGAGAAGACAAGACAAUUUUCAGGAGAGGAAUCCAAGGAUGUGUCAGAAUAACUCUUUGCUAAAGCAUGACUAAAAGGGGGCCUGGUGCUAAUAGGAUAAUUAGGAAGAAGGUUCCAAAGGCAUUUCAGAAAUCUUUGAGGCUGCUCCUCCCAUCACAGGCCCAGAGACUAAGAAAGACAGAAUGGUAUUAAUUCUGCAGGCACCCAGAAUGUAGGAGCCAUAGAUGCUUUGUGGUAAGAUCCUCUACAAAGAAUUCCCACUAGGGAAAUCCUCAUGAAGCCAUGGAAGUGGGGCCACCCCCAAGACACAGAACUGUAGGAUCACCAAUUUGCAACUCCAGCCUGAGAGAGCUGAAGCAUGGGCUGAGACCAGCUUUAAGUCAAUGUCGGCCAGGCAUGGUGGCUCAUGCCCGUAAUCUCUGGGAGGCCAUGAUGGAAGGGUCACUUAAGUUCAGGAGUUCAAGACCAGCCUGGAGAACAUAGUGAGACCCCGUCUCUACAAAACAUUAAAAAAUUAUCUGGGCAUAAUGGCAUGUGCCUGUAAUCCCAGCUGCUCAGGAGGCUGAGGUGGGAUGGUUCCUUGAGCACGAUAGACUGAGGUUGCAAUAAGCUGUGAUCACACUACUGCACUCCAGCCUGGGCAAAUAGAGUGAGACCCUAUUUCCAAAUAAAAUAAAUAUAAAGAGAUAUAAAGACUUUUUUUCCCUGUUCAGUUUUGGACUUACUUGGACAGUGUUGGGUUGGAACAGGGAAGAGAACAUGUCAGACUCUGAGUGUAGCCUGCAGGUGGACCCGAUGGCUUUUUCACAUCCUUGUGUGAAAGAAAAGAGUCAGGAAAGUCUCUAAGAUUUGAUGUUGUAAGAGCUGGAGGAAUAGGGGUGUCAUUUGCUGAGAUGGAUAAAACCAUACCUGGAAUGAGAGAGGACAGGGAAGGAUAUGAUCAACCUCUUAGCUUUGGACAAAGUAUGUUUGAGAUGCCUGUUCAAUAUCCAGGUGGGGAAGUCAGGCAGGUGAGGAUGCAGGAGAGAAAACCAGGCUGGAUACACACAUGUGUGGGCCAUUGGCAAGCCACAUGGUAUCCAAGCUAUGACAUUUGAUGAGGUAAUGUACAGAGUGAGUGUGGAUAAAGAUGAGGAGGAAUCAGCCAAAGAGAAGGAAAAAGCAAGAGGAAAACCAGACAAAAUUGGUAUGCUGGAACCAAGCAAAGCAAAGAAUUAAAAGAGUGUUCAUCAAGCCCAUGUGAGCUCCAUUUCUCUCUCUUUGGUUGAAGCAAUAAUUUUCUGUCAGUCCUGGGCAUAAAUCUGCUUCAUGCCCCUUGGGUUGAAAGUGCAAGUCCAGUUGGCCUCAAAUGCGCUAAUUUUGUAAUGUCCAUAAACUUGGCUAGGAGGACUGCUGUUACUCUUUGAAAGACUCCAAAGUUAUCCACUGUCAAUGAUUAGCUGUGCUGUCUUUCCAAGAGUGCAGGGAUUGUGAAGUUGUUUUCUUGAGUUACCGUGCUCUCUUCCAAGGCUGUAGGAAUUCUGGAGCUGCUGGCUGGAGAGGAGGGUGGUCCAAGCUGUCCCCAGAAAGACCUCCAGAGAGGACUUGGCAGGUCUGAACAUGCAUUGGCUGCGAAAAGUUCAGGGACUUUGCACCCUGUGGGGUACUCAGAUGUCCAGCCGCACUCUCUACAUUAAUACUAGGCAACUGGUGUCCGUGCAGUGGGGCCACCAGGAAGUGCCGGCCAAGUUUAACUUUGCUAGUGAUGUGUUGGAUCACUGGGCUGACAUGGAGAAGGCUGGCAAGCGACCCCCGAGCCCAGCCCUGUGGUGGGUGAAUGGGAAGGGGAAGGAAUUGAUAUGGAAUUUCAGAGAAUUGAAUGAAAUCAGCCAACAGGCAGCCAACGUCCUCUCGGAAGCCUGUGGCUUGCAGCGUGGGGACCGUGUGGCAGUGGUGCUGCCCCGAGUGCCUGAGUGGUGGCUGGUGAUCUUGGGCUGCAUUCGAGCAGGUCUCGUCUUUAUGCCUGGAACCAUCCAGAUGAAAUCCACCGACAUAUUGUAUAGGUUGCAGAUGUCUAAGGCCAAGGCUAUCGUUGCGGGGGAUGAAGUCAUCCAAGAAGUGGACACAGUGGCAUCUAAAUGCCCUUCUCUGAGAACUAAGUUACUGGUGUCUGAGAAAAGCUGGGAUGGGUGGCUGAACUUCAAGAAACUAUUAAACGAGGCAUCCACCACUCAUCGAUGUGUGGAGACUGGAAGCCAUGAAACAGCUGCCAUCUACUUCACUAGUGGGACCAGUGGUCUUCCCAAGAUGGCAGAACAUUCCCACUCAAGCCUGGGCCUCAAGGCCAAGAUGGAUGCUGGUUGGACAGGCCUGCAAGGCUCUGAUAUAAUGUGGACCAUAUCAGACACAGGUUGGAUACUGAAUAUUAUAACCUCACUUUUGGAAACUUGGACAGUAGGAGCAUGCACAUUUGUUCAUCUCUUGCCAACAUUUGACCCACUGAUUAUUCUAAAGACGCUCUCCAGCUACCCAAUCAAGAGCAUGAUUGGUGCCCCCCUUGUUUACCGGAUGUUGCUACAGCAGGAUCUUUCCAGUUACAAGUUCCCCCAUCUACAGAACUGCCUCAGUGGAGGGGAUUCCCUUCUUCCAGAAAUUCUGGAGAACUGGAGGGCCCAGACUGGACUGGACAUCCGAGAAUUCUAUGGCCAGACAGAAACGGGAUUAACUUGCGUAGUUUCCAAGACGAUGAAAAUCAAACCAGGAUACAUGGGAAUAGCUGCUCCCCAUUAUGAUGUACAGGUCAUAGAUGAUAAGGGCAACGUCCUGCCCCCCGGCACAGAAGGAGACAUUGGCGUCAGGGUCAAACCCAUCAAGCCUGUAGGCGUCUUCUCUGGCUAUGUGGACAAUCCCGAGAAGACAGCAGCCAACAUUCGAGGGGACUUUUGGCUCCUUGGAGAUCGGGGAAUCAAAGAUGAAGAUGGGUAUUUCCAGUUUAUGGGACGGGCCGAUGAUAUCAUUAACUCCAGCGGGUACCGGAUUGGACCCUCAGAGGUAGAGAACGCGCUGAUGGAGCACCCUGCUGUGGCUGAGACGGCUGUGAUCAGCAGCCCAGACCCCGUCCGAGGAGAGGUGGUGAAAGCAUUUGUGGUCCUGGCCUCGCAGUUCCUGUCCCAUGACCCAGAACAGCUCACCAAGGAGCUGCAGCAGCAUGUGAAGUCAGUGACAGCCCCAUACAAGUACCCAAGAAAGAUAGAGUUUGUCUUGAACCUGCCCAAGACUUCCACAGGGAAAAUUCAACGAACCAAGCUUCGAGACAAGGAGUGGAAGAUGUCCGGGAAAGCCCGUGCGCAGUAAUACAUCUAGGAGGCAUUCAUUUGGAUUCCCCUCUUCUUUCUCUUUCUUUUCCCUUUGGGCCCUUGGCCUUACUGUGAAGAUAUGAUAUUCUUUAUGAAAGAACAUGAAUGUAAUUUUUGUCUUGCCUUGAUUAUUAACACAAAACAUUACCAUGUUAGAUGUUGAAAGAAGAAACGGAAGGAAUGAGAGAGAGUGAAAAGGAGAGGGUAACAGAAAAAGAGGAAAGAAAAGUAAGUCAGGGAAAUAAAUAUUAAAGCUGCCAGGGAAAGCAAUUGAAAAAGAAAUAAAGUAUGGAGGAAGGGAGAGAGGAAGCAAGGGAAGGAGGAAGAAAGGAAAGAGAAGAUGGAAGGGGGAGAAAAGAUAGAAGAAAAAUAAUUGGAGGGAGAAUCAGAAAAAUAAAGAGAAGAAAGGAAAGAAAUAGAGAGAAAGAAGAAAGCAAAAGAACACAAGAAAGAGAGGGAGAAAGGAAGAGGAAAAAAUUAAAAAAUAAAAAUAGUAAAAGAAACUGAUAAAGAAAAGUAAUGGAAGACAGGAAGAAUGGAAGAGAGGGAAGAAAAGAGGAAAACAUAAAUACUCCCACAGAUAGACAAAGUCAAGCAUAAAACUGGAGCUUGAGAAGGAAAUGAAAGGCUGUGGCACCUUCUUUUACCCUAGGAGAAGACCUCCAUACAGGAAGACUUGUGUGUGGGGUUGGGACAUUAGAAUCAUCCCCAAGUCACCCCAAACCUUGGAACUCUCAGGGUCAGAGGGGAACCACCAUUUAUUAAGCAUUUGGUAUAUGCCAGGCACUGACCCAGAUGCAUGAUAAAUACCACAUUGUUUCACCUCUGUAUGGCAUCUACAGACCUCAGAUCAUAGCUGUGAGAACAACGUAAGCACUGCCAAAGUUAUCAGCUACCCAUACCUUGUUUUUGGUGUUAUCUACUCUUCCUAGACUCAAAUAUUAAAUAGUUUUAAAACC